AUGGCCUCUAAAGAUGCACAGAACCAAAGCAGCAGAGGUCUGCCUCAUUUUCUUCCUGGAGCUUCAGACUCGGACCAUGACCGACAUGUCUCACCUUCCAAUCCAGAGAGCCAAGUGUGGCAUUUAGGUCACCCUCCACCAGGCAGUCUCCCUCCUGGUCUGGAAUAUUUAAGCCAGUUAGACCUCAUAAUUAUACACCAGCAGGUGGAGCUUCUUGGAAUGAUACUUGGCACUGAGACCUCAAACAAGUACGAGAUUAAAAACAGCUUGGGACAAAGAAUAUACUUUGCCGUAGAGGAAAGCAUCUGCUUCAAUCGGACUUUCUGUUCCACACUGCGAUCUUGCACUCUGAGGAUCACAGAUAACUCGGGUCGAGAGGUGAUCACAGUAAACAGGCCCUUGAGGUGUAACAGCUGCUGGUGCCCUUGCUACCUGCAAGAGUUAGAAAUCCAAGCCCCUCCUGGUACUACAGUUGGUUAUGUUGCACAGAAGUGGGACCCCUUUCUGCCCAAAUUCACAAUCCAAAAUGCAGACAGAGAAGAUAUUUUGAAAAUUGUUGGUCCUUGUGCAAUAUGUGGCUGUUUUGGCGAUGUGGAUUUUGAGGUGAAGACAAUUGAUGAAAAGCUUACAAUUGGGAAGAUUUCAAAAUACUGGUCUGGGUUUGUAAACAACGUUUUCACCAACGCUGACAACUUUGGCAUCCACGUUCCUGCUGAUUUAGAUGUGACUGUCAAAGCAGCGAUGAUCGGUGCUUGCUUUCUCUUUGAUUUUAUGUUCUUUGAACAUUCACUGGCUGGAUUAUAA